AUGAAUGCCCCAACGGUGCGCAAGCUAUCCGAGAGAGAGACAAGUCCAACCUCUCCGGAUGACGGGGAGAACGGACUGCGCAGCAAACGUCCCAGAUUCGUGACGGACUUAUCAUCACCACUAUGUGAUGUCUGCCAACAGCUGGACCUCGACGCAAAGUUCGACAGAGCCCAUGAGGCAUACCGGCAGGUUAGAGCCGGGUUGGUGUCUCCUCCAGAAGAUAUAUACAAAGCUUCCGAUGGAAGCUGGUACUAUGCCGACGCGAUUCUGGCACAUCGAUUCAAUGACUCCCUGUCCAAACCGUCAGACUGCCCACUUUGUGAGUUCUUUCGGUCGCUGAGAGUCCAGCCGGACAGCCACAAGCGACACAAACUUCUGGCGUUCCGCUGCAGUGAUAGUUGGCUUUUCAGGGCUGGCUGGCUGCCCAAGCGCAACCCACAAAAGUAUGAGCAUAACAGAGACUCGGUUUUUAUGACAGUGGUUCCGGAUCUCGAUACUCUCCCGUCAUGUGGCUACGAAGCAAACUGGCUGGACGACGACGUUCCGGCUACGGGGGCAAUCUACCGUCUACGGCCCAAGGAGGAUUCCCAAAUUGCUAAAGAAAAGCAGAUACUUCUCGCGCGGGAACUUGACGAAGGACCGAACCUUGAUGGUGCACGGCAGUGGCUCGGUAUGUGUCAGGAAGCCCAUGGCAGCUGUUGUAAGAGGCGGACAUCUCACGAACCCAUCCUGUCGGGCUUUCGCCUCGUCGACUGUACCAAGGAACCUCCCGUUGUUGAGGAGAAGCCAUGGGGAACCACAUACCUUGCUCUAAGCUAUGUCUGGGGAUCAACGCCAAAGGAUCUAGCACACUGGCCGGAGACCGUGCUCGACGCCGUCGAAGUUACCAAGAAACUAGGAUUCGACUACCUGUGGAUUGACCGGCUCUGCAUCAACCAAGCUGACGCUGACGAAAUGGCCUACCUGAUUUCGAGGAUGACAACAAUCUAUGAAGCAGCAGAGCUUACCAUAGUAGCGGCCGCCGGCUCUGGCGCGAGUCACGGCCUCCCGGGCGUACGAUCCAGACCUCGAAGACCACAGCCAAAGUACUAUCUUGACAGUGGAAGUGUACUGCUCUCGAUGCUCCGCGAUCCCCGUCGCGACAUCCUCGAGUCGACCUACUGGACUCGAGGCUGGACCUAUCAGGAAGGCGUGCUCUCUAAUCGACGCUUAGUCUUCACAGACGAGCAGAUGUAUUGGGAGUGCCGCAACAUGGCUGCCCAGGAAAGCAUCGACGUGGUGGUUUUCCAUGUGCCUGUUACCGAAGCGGAAGAUAAUACGGAAUUUGUCAUGGCAGAUUACAUGCUCUCAGGCAUUUUCAAGGGAGACGCUUAUAGUGGAAGCUGCGGCGACGCCCAGGACUCGCUCGUCACUCAAGACGAGGGCCACCGCCUCGCCUACGGCUUUCCAACCCAAGGAGAAGUGACUGUCCGCGCACAGUUGCGUGGUCUCAACGAGCACACUCGUGAAUACUCCAAGAGGCAACUGACGCGUGACGAAGACACGCUCUCCGCACUUCAAGGCAUAUUCGGAUUGUACGCGCAAACCAGGCAGCUGUACCUACUGCAUGGACUACCCGUGUGGACGGACGACAUUGUCCAAGGUCGCUCUGGUGCGCAAAUCACCUUCGCCUUGUCAGUCUCCUCGUGGUACCACCGUACCAGCUCGGAUCUACUCAUGUAUGUGUCGGAGGCGUGUCGGCGAAAGAGCAAUCUGCCGUCGUGGACAUGGGCGGGGUGGGUCGGCACGGUGAGCUGGCGGGCGCCUCCCAACCUGGAGCACUGCGCCUACAUGAGCGACCUGAUCAACGCCGAGUCCCUGAAGCUACUGUGGGCUGCAGAUAUUUCUCUUUAUGGUGCCGACUACGCCCGUCCCAUUCGCCUGCAAGAGACGCAUUCUGCCGCCCAUCUCGUCAGCGGGGCGCCUCUAACUUUGCUUGAAAUCAAGAAACCGUUUCUUCUGAACGAGUUCCAAAGAGUAGAGCAGGUUAAGAAGAAAUGGUAUUGGGCAAAGGCAAUCGGAAGGCCCGGGCGUCAAAAGGCCAAGGCCCAGGAACUCAGCUGGGACGCAAAGUGGUAUAGGAUAGGGGGUCGGCUAUCCUGCGUCGGUAUGUCGGUUGCCAUGACCGAGCGCGAGUGGACCGCCAAGCAUGUCUCUGGAGAACUGGUCAGCGUGCUGAUGUUCGCUGGGCAAUACCUCGUGAAUGAACACGGGACGGCUCGGUUUCUGACGCUGCGAAGAGUACCGUUAUCCAUGCCCGAACGUUGGGAGAGGGUUGGCACGCUCUACUUGGUGAUUCCAUUCAAUGAAGACUGUCGAGAUGUGCAGGAGUUUCUUGGAAAGAUACCCGCUGGGAGACAGCAUAGGAGUUUCGUGAUUCAAUGA